AUGGAAAACCACACUAGAUAUGAAGACUUUGUCCUCUUGGGCUUUCUGAUUGGACACAAAGCAGAGAUUUCAGUGGCAAUGGUUCUCUUGGCUAUAUACUUCCUGACAUUGUCUGGUAACAUAUCUAUUCUGAUCAUAAUUGCCACCACAACCCGCCUUCACACACCCAUGUACUUCUUCCUUGGCAACCUCUCUGUGCUGGACCUUGCUUUUUCAACAGUGACUGUUCCCAUUUUUCUGAGGAACCUCCUCUCUGGCAUCAAAACUAUCUCCUUUGCUGGCUGCAUGGCCCAAUCCUACUGCUACUUCUUUCUGAGUACAGUGGAAUAUUUCCUAUUGACCUGCAUGUCCUACGACCGCUAUGUCGCCAUAUGCAACCCCUUGCGCUACUCUGCCAUCAUGAAUAGCCAUGUUUGUGUCCAGGCAGUGCUGCUUUGCUGGGUGGGUGGGUUUUUCUCUGUCCUUUACCCAACCAUCAUAAUCACCAGGUUGUCUUAUUGCAAGUCCAACAUCAUUGACCACUUUUUCUGUGACAGCGAACCUCUACUGCAGCUUUCAUGUACUGACAUCCGCCUGAUACAGUUAGUCACUUUCGUGUUGUCAUCAGUCGUUAUUCUUAGCUCUUUGGCUUUGACAGUCAUCUCCUAUUUGUACAUUGUUUCAGCCAUUUUACGCAUACCCACCGGAGCUGGCCGGAAGAAGGCCUUCAACACAUGUGCUUCGCAUCUGACCUUGUUUCUAAUGUCUACAGCUGUCUCCAUCUUACUGUAUGUGAUUCCAUCAGAGAAAUCCUCUUUGGGGGCUCGCAAAAUCCCAGCGUUACUCAGUAGUAUAGUCAAUCCAUUUCUGAUCCCUUUUAUAUAUACUCUGAGGAAUGAUUUGGUCAAGGGAAUACUGGGUGAGAUUUUUGGUCAGGGCAAAGCGGCUGUGGCUCAGAAGAUGCAGAAGUUGCUGAGGAUGGAGUCAGCUGUAGCAUUUUGA